UGGCUUUAGGACGAAAAAAUGCGGUGAGCUUAUUUGUAUUUCCCUGUUAUUUGAGAAUUAAAUCAAUUCAGUCAAUGAGAAUCGUAGAAAAAUUUAGAUCGUAGCGUCCCACGUAAUGACAAAUGGAAGAGAUCCAAAUAAUACAUAAUAUGUCACUCGAACGACGCUGUAAAGGUUAUAUUUUCUUUGUAUUAGGCGAGAGAUUCAUGGUGUAAGUGUUUUUCUUAUGCUUAGUUUUCAUAAGCAUAUAAAAUAGUGUUAACACUAAUCUUACAGUCCUAAAUUACGACCGCGUGGCACAUCUGCAGGAAAGUUGCAGUCACAUUAUAGUGAAUGGUUCUUAAACUGUUCCUCUACACACUGAAUGUGAGUGAUUAAGUAUGAGCCUAAAGAAACUGCUAUCACUGACAACUGGUAGAACUGUGACCUACUUGGGUUCUCAUCUUGGGACGGAUCAGUAGGAGUAGACAUAUCAAUGCUGGAAUCGUUUAAAAGAUACAAAUCUUCAUUAUAAAGUGUCUUACAAAUAGGUAAACGGUGGUUUAGCUGCCACAAAUGCUGUCGAUAUGGAAGACUCGUCUCCCACCUGAAGUUAACAGGAUACUGUUAGUAAAAAACUUGCCGUAUAACAUAUCAGCAGAAGAAAUGUAUGAUAUUUUUGGGAAGUAUGGUGCUAUCCGUCAAAUUCGUAUUGGUAACACUCCUGAAACUAAGGGCACUGCUCUGGUUAUUUACGAAGAUAUCUUCGACGCUAAAAAUGCCUGUGAUCAUCUCAGUGGUUUCAAUGUGUGCAAUCGAUAUCUUGUAGUUUUAUAUUACCAGAGGAAUAAGCAAUUUAAGAAAACUGAUGUUGAUAAGAAGAAGGAAGAAUUAGACCGUUUGAAGGCAAAGUAUGGUUUAAAUACUCCAAAGGUGAAGUAAUAAUGCUGUCAUUUGUGAACAACUGUCCGAUGAAUUAUCUUCAUCUGAAUUCUUCGAA